UGAUUCACGAACUUAUUUAAAGAACCAAAUUAGCUAGAGAUCAGUUAUUAAGAUUAACAGAUCCAGGAUCUGCCAAAUCAUCUUAGAUCAUUUAAGUGUGCUACGAAGAACAGACCCCAGGCUCCAGUGAAGAGUUUUUUGAAGGACAGCGAGAACAUGAGUGAUCCAGAACCAUGCAAAAUUAAAAAUGAGGAGUCUGAACAACAAAUAGACCUAAUUGGAGAGAAUGAGUGGAGUAAAGAGGAGGAACAUCAUGUCAAAAUUGAAGAAAAAACUCAUUUACAGACUGAUGGUAUUUUGGAAAGGAGAGACACGAAUUGUUUCACCUGCACUCAGCGUGGAAAAAGUUCUGGAAGAAAAGGCGAUCAUAAGAUUCGCAUGAGGACCCACAUUGGAGAGAGACCAUUCACAUGCACUCAGUGUGGGAAGAGUUUCAGACAAUUAUCACAACAUAAUCUACAUGUGAGGAUCCACACUGGAGAGAAACCAUACCCAUGCACUCAUUGUGGGAAGAGUUUCAGAUCAUCAUCACAACUUAAACGACAUGUGAGGAUCCACACUGGAGAGAAACCAUACCCAUGCACUCAGUGUGGGAAGAGUUUCAUAUCAUCAUCACAACUUAAUCAACACAUGAGGAUCCACACUGGAGAGAAACCAUACCCAUGCACUCAGUGUGGGAAGAGUUUCAUAUCAUCAUCACAACUUAAUCAACACAUGAGGAUCCACACUGGAGAGAAACCAUACACAUGCACUCAGUGUGGGAAGAGUUUCAGACAAUUAUCACAACUUAAUGGACAUAUGAGGAUCCACACUGGAGAGAAACCAUACACAUGCGCUCAGUGUGGGAAGAGUUACACCGUAUUAUCAAACCUUAAAAACCACAUAAAGAUUCACACUGAAGAGCAACCAUUCACAUGCACUCAGUGUGGUAAUAGUUUUAACUGCUUAUCAUACCUUAAACGACACAUGAGGAUCCACAGUGGACAGAAACCAUUCACAUGCACUCAGUGUGGGAAGAGUUUCAGACAAUUAUCACACCUUAAUAACCACACGAGGCUCCACACUGGAGAGAAACCAUUCACAUGCACUCAGUGUGGUAAUAGUUUUAACUGCUUAUCAUACCUUAAUCGACACAUGAGGAUCCACACUGGACAGAAACCAUUUACUUGCACUCAGUGUGGGAAGAGUUUCAUCCGCUCAUCAAACCUUCAUAAACACAUGAGGAUCCACACUGGAGAGAAACCAUACACAUGCACUCAGUGUGGGAACAGUUUCAGCCAAUCAACACACCUUAAUCAACACAUGAGGAUCCACACUGGAGAGAAACCAUUCACGUGCACUCAGUGUGGGAAGAGUUUCAGCCAAUCAUCAAACCUUAAUAAACACAUGAUGAUCCACACUGGAGAGAAACCAUUUACUUGCACUCAGUGUGGGAAGAGUUUCAUCUGCUCAUCAAACCUUAAUAAACACAUGAUGAUCCACACUGGAGAGAGGCCAUUCACAUGCACUCAGUGUGGGAAGAGUUUCAGCAAAUCAUCAUACCUUAAUCAACACAUGAUGAUCCACACUGGAGAGAAACCAUUCACAUGCACUCAGUGUGGAAAGCGUUUCACCCUAUCAUCAUACCUUAAUAACCACAUGAUGAUUCACACUAGAGAGCAACCAUUCACAUGCACUCAGUGUGGGAAGAGGUUUAACUGCUCAUCAUCCCUUAAUAAACACAUGAGGAUCCACACUGGAGAGAAACCAUUCACAUGCACUCAGUGUGGUAAUAGAUUUAACUGCUCAUCACACCUUAAUCGACACAUGAGGAGCCACACUGGAGAGAAACCAUUUACUUGCACUCAGUGUGGGAGGAGUUUCAGCUGCUCAUCAAACCUUUAUCAACACAUGAUUAUCCACACUGGAGAGAAACCAUACACAUGCACUCAGUGUGGGAAGAGUUUCAGCCAAUCAACACACCUUAAUCAACACAUGAGGAUCCACACUGGAGAGAAACCAUUCACGUGCAGUCGGUGUGGGAAGAGUUUCAGCCAAUCAUCAUCUCUUAAUCAACACAUAAGGAUCCACACUGGAGAGAAACCAUUCACAUGCACUCAGUGUGGGAAGAGUUAUAGACGCUCAUCAACCCUUAAUAAACACAUGAUGAUCCACACUGAAGAGAAACCAUUCACAUGCACUCAGUGUGGGAAGAGUUUCAGCCAAUCAUCAUACCUUCAUAAACACAUGAGGAUCCACACUGGAGAGAAACCAUUCACAUGCACCCAGUGUGGGAAGAGUUUCAGCCAAUCAUCAUCCCUUAAACUACACAUUAGGGUCCACACUGGAGAGAAACCAUUCACAUGCACUCUGUGUGGUAAGAGUUUCAGCCAAUCAUCAUCCCUUAAUCUACACAUGAUGAUUCACACCGGAGAGAAACCAUUCACAUGCCCUCAGUGUGGGAAGAGUUUCAGCAAAUCAUCACACCUUAAUCAACACAUGAGGAUCCACACUGGAGAGAAACCAUUCACAUGCCCUCAGUGUGGGAAGAGUUUCAGCAAAUCAUCGCACCUCAAUCAACACAUGAAGAUCCACACUGGAGAGAAACCAUUCUCAUGCCCUCAGUGUGGGAAGUGUUUCGUCCACUCAUCACACCUUAAUCAACACAUGAGGAUCCACACUGGAGAAAAACCAUUCACAUGCAACCAGUGUGUGAAGAGUUUCAGCUCAUCAUCAACGCUUAAUAGACACAUGAAGGUCCACACCAGAGAAAAACCAUUCACAUGCAACCAGUGUGGGAAGAGUUUUAGCCAAUCAUCAACACUUAAUAAACACAUGAAGAUCCACACUGGUGUGAGAGAGUAUAUGUGCUUGGUUUGUGAGAAGACUUUUAUUACAGCUCCAGAGUUGAAACGGCACCAGAGGAUUCACACUAGAGUAAAACCGUACAAAUGUUCACAAUGCAGUAAGAGUUUUACUCACUCAAGAACGCUGAAAACACAUGAGAGGAUUCACACUGGAGAUAAACCGACAUGAUCAGUGUGU